ACUUGGCAGUGAAGUCUGCUUGGUAGACCCUGCUACAAUACCCAUUCGCACAAGAAUAGAUUAUUCACAAAUGUCAGAUACCCCGAAGUUGUGCUGCCGCGCAGUGUGUUCAAUUUGAUCAGGCUGCCUUCUUCGAGAAUAUGGAAGUCGACAGCGAGCUAGUAUAUACAUCCUUGAAAGAUGUUACAGAGAUGAAUAUAUGGUUAGAUUCCCUGUUGUCUCCGUGCGAUGAUUUAGAUUUUGCUGAAAAGUCGCCAGAUACACAGUUCAUAGUAACCGUAUCCGACGAGGAAAUGUCAACAGUGGACUCUGACAUGUCCAGUUCUUAUGAAUUUGACACGAUUGAGGAGUGGUUUGAGCCGUUUUUACCAGAAUCUGAAGCUUUUGACAACUGUGUAACGAAUGGAUAUGUAAAUCUGUUUCCCAACCAUGGACAGGAGAUUGCCAAAGAUCCUAAUUUGGAUAUGAACACUGACUGGUUUCCUGACGAUUUUAUCCGGGUGUUUCCCUUGGACGUGGAUCUACCGAAUCAACAUAAUGUAUCCUGAUUAAACAGCAGUGAAAGUCCGUCAUAUUUACGUCAAAAAAUAAUAUUUAUAACUUAUAUUUAUAUUCAUACAGUAAAUACUCAGACACGAUGAGCAGAAUUUCCAUCCACCCAAUGAGUCUCACAACACCACCAGAAUCAUUGAGGCUGACGUCAAGUCCUUGGUUGGACGCUGUCCAGAUGAUAUCGCCAGCCAACUUCCAAGAAUGUCCUUGAAAUUGAAAUUCAAAUGAUUUCCCUAGAUACCGAAGUCAAGAUAGCAAUCUAUGGACAGACACUUCCUACUAAUGCACAGCUGGCAUGCAACUAAUAAAACUAGUUACUAAGGAUACAUAACAUUUAUUGCUGGUAACGGUUCUGUAAAAGGGGCUAGCUAACCGCCGUCAAUCACCAUAAGUGAAUUCUGACUGUGGAAUUGUUUGACAUAUUGAUAUGUGGCUGUAACUUUCAUAAUCCCGAUAACUCUUUUACAGUGACGUGAAUAAAUAAAUUAUCGUGUUUAUGUC